UUAAUUUUGAAAUCCCAUCGUUUAUAAAAGAUGGAACAAGAAGGAAUUGAGCUUGCAGAUCACAGCAGCCAAGGCAUGAAAUCUCUGGGCCAGUCAUGGAUCAACUCUGAGGCGCAAGAAUACAUCCCAUUGGAUGGUAAAGAUGAGAUAACUUACAAACAAGCAGUGAAGAUAUAUGUGAAAUUAGCUUUGCCUUCAGCUAUUGGCAUGAUGAUCAGAAGAGUUCCAGAUAUGAUCAACUAUAUUGUAGCAGGGCAUUUAGGUGACCCAGCAUUCGUGUCAGCAAUCGGCCUUUCUUUAUUAACAAACAGCGUUUUAAUACUUAGUAUUGGGAACGGGCUUGCUGGUGGGCUCGAAACACUUUCGGCUCAUGCAUUUGGUAGUGGGAAUAACUACAUUGCUGGACAAUACUACUGUAAAGCUCAAGUGAUGUUGACAAUAUUAUUUAUUCCACAAGCAAUCUUGUUACUUUAUGCUUCCGAUAUUUUACUAGCAGUCGGACAGCCAGUCAGAUCUGCUCAGUUUGCAGGCCAAUAUCUUACUACAUGCAUUGUAGGUAUCUGGUGCCAUGCUCAAACAGAGUGCUUAAGAAGGUUCUUAGGGACUCAAGGAGUGUUUCACAUAGUAAUGAAUUCCCAGUUGGUAAACUCAGCUUUUCAUUCAUUGUGGAUCUUCUUAUUUGUAUACGUAUUUGACCUAUCUUUCCAAGGAAUUGCUCUUGCAUCUUGCCUGACUUACAUUCUGAAUUUUGUAGUUCCUAUUGUAUGGAUCAGGUUUAACAAGUCUUCAGUAAAAGAGGGGAGCUGGCAACCUAUUUCAAAGCAAUCUUUUCAAGAAUUAGGAGAAUAUCUGAGGUACGGAAUCCCUACAUUUAUUAUGCUUGCCUGAGAGCUCUGGUCAUUCGAGAUUUUGGGCAUUAUGGCUGGCCUUUGUGGGGAGGAAGACCUCGCAGCAUUCGUUACUGCAAUGAACGUGAUUAUCUUUCUAUAUAUGGCUGCUCUUGGAUUCCAAAUGGGAACAAAUGCAUGAGUUGGUAAUAGCCUUGGAGCUGGAAAGCCCAAAACAGCGAAAGUAUUUGCCAAUAUAUCCGUCUAUAACUCUGUUCUACUUUGAUUUCUCCUUUGAGGAGUAGUUUUGCUAUUUAGAUUCCAAAUUUCGGGAGUUUUGAUGAAAGAAGAAGAUCUAAGGAACAAAACAGCAAAAAUAUUAGCAUUACUCUUAGGCCUCUGUGUCGGGGACUAUUUCCAGGGAAUUGCACAAGGGAAUAUUAAAGCUAUGGGGUAUCAGAAAUAUGGUACUGUUAUAUGAAUCAUAGCUUAUUGGUUUAUCCAGACACCAAUCACCAUCCUUCUAGGAUUCACUUAUGAAUAUGGGAUAGAGGGAAUAUCUAUCGGAUCAUCAACAGGAGUCAUUUUUGCAGCAGUUUCCUUUCUCAUAAUUAUUUAUACUGCAGAUUUUGAGAAGAUCUCUCAUGAAGUUGAAGAAAGAUUGAGAAACAAACCAACAGAGCAAAAAGAGGGCUAAGAAAUUCAAAAUUGAAAAUUUUUCUCAAAAUGUAUCCAAAAUUUAAUUUCAAC